UUGAUUUUUGAGAACAAUGCGAGAAAAAAGAGAGAGAAGCACCGAGCUCGUUUGGAGCUCUCUGGGUCACGGCGGCGGCGGCGGCGGUGGACGACGACGACGUCGACGAGGAGGGCAUCAAUGGGAUGCGCGCAGUCUCGGAUCGAGAACGAGGAAGCAGUGUCACGAUGCAAGGACCGGAAACAGCACAUGAAGGACGCCGUGACCGCGCGCAACGCCUUCGCCGCCGCGCAUUCCUCCUACGCCAUGGCCCUCAAGAACACCGGCGCCGCCCUCAGCGACUUCGCCCACGGUGAGUCCUCUGCCCCCAACACCACCUCCCUCCCUUCCUCCUCUUCCGCCUCUGCAUUUGCCGCCGUGGCUGCCGCUGCCGCCAGCUCCAUUCAAGCUCCAAUGGAGACCCCUCCCUCCUCCCCUCCCCUCCCCGAUUUCUCCCCUUCCCCGCUACAGCGCGCCGUCAGCAUGCCUGAUCUACCUACGAAAAAGUUCUCCUCCAAGCCUCACUCCGAUCCCACCAUUCGUGAGGAGGAGGACGACGAGGACGAUGGUGAACAUGAUCAUGACCUUGACCACGACCAUGACCAUGACCGUGACCAUGAGCUCGAUCAGGAACCUAAGACCCCUCCGCCGCCGCCACAGCACAGCCCGGAGCCGCUGCCACCAAUGCCGGAGUCCACCUGGGACUACUUCUUCGCCUCCAUGCACGAGAACAUGGCUGGCGCCUCCCUCGCACAGCAUGACGAGAUCCGUCCAGAAGUAGACGAACAGAGGUUCGCGAAACCGUCUGCUUCCAAUGCGACUCCUUCGAUCCCUCACAAUGUGGCUUCUGGCGAUGGUGAGGAGCCGCCUGUGACUCCGGAGAAGCUAGUGUUGGAUCCCCAGGUGCUGAAGCCGGUGAGGAAGCAGAAGCAGGGUGUGACCCCGCACCACCAGCACGCUGCCUCUGCGAGCGCCGUGGAAGCUCGGAGAGGCAAGAUGGUGGCGGCGCCGAAGUCCAGCAUUAGUCUUUUGCAAGUCUUGAAUGAGCUGGAUGAUCAUUUCCUUAAGGCGUCACAAGGUGCUCAUGAGGUUUCCAAGAUGCUGGAGGCCAACCGGAUGCAUUAUCACUCCAACUUUGCUGACAAUCGAGGGCACAUUGAUCAUUCUGCUAGAGUCAUGAAAGUCAUCACAUGGAACCGUUCCUUUAAAGGGCUACCAAAUACCACUGAUGGAAAGGACGAGUUUGAUGAGGAUGAAUGGGAAACUCAUGCUACUGUGCUAGACAAAAUGCUGGCUUGGGAAAAGAAGCUGUAUGACGAAGUUAAGGCUGGUGAACUUAUGAAAAUUGAGUACCAGAGGAAGGUUGCACUGCUUAACAAGCAAAAGAAACGUGGUGCUAAUCCUGAGGUUAUUGAGAAAACUAAAGCAGCAGUCAGUCAUUUGCACACAAGGUACAUUGUUGAUAUGCAGUCCAUGGAUUCCACUGUCUCGGAAAUUCAAUGCCUUCGUGAUGAGCAGUUGUUCCGGAAGCUAGUAGAUCUUGUUGACGGGAUGGCGAAGAUGUGGGAAGUCAUGCAUGGUCAACAUGAACACCAGCUGAGGAUUGUCUCUGAUCUCAGAGACCUAGACAUCUCCAAUUCUCCCAAGGAAACAAGUGAACAUCACUAUGAUCGCACCGUUCAACUCUGGCAGGUUGUGAAGGAGUGGCAGUCACAAUUUCAUAAGCUCAUUAGCCAUCAGAAAGAAUACAUCGGGUUCCUCAAUGAUUGGCUAAGGUUGAACCUAAUCCCCAUUGAAAGUAGCUUGAAGGAAAAGGUGUCAUCUCCUCCGAGAGUACAUCAACCUCCUAUCCAAACUCUCCUGCACACGUGGCAUGACUAUCUUGAGAAGCUUCCUGAUGACCUCGCUAAGAGUGCUAUUUCAAGCUUUGCUGCAGUCAUAAACACGAUAAUGCUGCUCCAACAAGAUGAGCUGAAACAGAGGGAAAAAUGUGAGGAGAUUAGGAAGGAGUACGUCCGAAAGACACGAGCUUUUGAGGAUUGGUACCACAAACACUCACAGAGGAGGGCAGGUAUACCUGAGGAGGUUGAUCCAGAGAACUUAGAGACAGCAAAUCAAAAAGACCCAGUAGCAGAAAGGAAGUUUGUCGUCGAGUCUUUGAAAACCAGACUAGACGACGAGAUUGAGGCACACCAGAAACUCUGCAGACAGGUGAGGGAGAAAUCACUUGGGAGUCUCAAAUCACACCUUCCAGAGUUGUUUAGAGCCAUGUCCGAUUUCUCUCGAGCUUGUUCUGAAAUGUAUAAGAGACUGAGACCAGUUCCUCAGAUGCAGAAUCCUGUGGCCAACUGAGGACCCAACAUAUACUAGAUAUAUGUACCUUUAGUCUGUUUAUGCCCCCAUUAAUUUUGUUUUUAUAGGGGAUUGAAAGAAGAAAUCUUGGGUUGUUUCACCAUGUAAUUUAUGUUUUUUUUUUUUGGUUAAAUUAAACUGCGGAGUUUGAUGUUUG